UGCUCCAGUAAAACACAUGGACGUGGACGAAAGUGACAGAUGUCAUAGAUGAAUUGUAUUUAUUAAUAAAAUCUUUUCAUUUCCAAUAAAUGACCUAAUAUAUAUUUCAACAAGAUGUAAAAAUAACUACUGGGAGUGAAUUAUGGUUUUCACAAAAUUAUUUGUUACCUCGAAAUAACUUUCAGAUUUUGACAACAAAACUAAAUCAUUAGGUAAUAAUUUUUAAAAAAUGUUGAAACUACGAAAUUGCAUUACAGGAAUAUCAAAAUUUCACAAAUGUUUUACAAACGCCACGUCCAGAAAAGUAUCUACAUCUAGUCCAAAGUUUAGUCCAAUACGAGUGGGUAUCAGUUCUGUUUUUGGUAAGUACUUAUUGGCCACAAACAUCAUUAGUUCUGGAGCUCUCAUGCUUAUUGGAGAUAUAUGCCAACAGGAAAUAGAGUACAGACAGCGUAAACUUGAAAAGAGAUAUGAUUAUGGUCGAAUGACUCGAAUGUUCAUUGUGGGACUUGCUUUCGGUCCAGUUCAUCAUUAUUAUUAUAUAUGGCUUGCCAAAGCAUAUCCUGCAAAGACAGCAACAAAUAUAACAUGGAAAAUUCUACUGGACCAAUUCAUUAUGUCUCCAGUAUGUAUUGCAAUGUUUUUCUAUGGAAUGGGAUUGAUGGAAAUGAAACCAGUGGUUGAAAGUAACAAAGAGAUAACUGAAAAGUUUCGAGAAGUCUACACGAUAUGAGAAAUUUGUUCACAUUUUUUGUAACAGAAUGUUAUCAACAAAUUUUGAUACAAGAUAUCCAAUUUGGGGUAUCCUCAACUUUGGAAUAUCAAAUGAGUAGUGACCUGUAUUUUGUGAAGUAGUUUAUUGAUUGUAAAUGGUCAUAUAAUAUUGUGAAAUUUAAGUGAUCUUGAUACUC